AUGGCGGCGCCCAUGACGCCGAAAACCGAGAAGGAGGACGACGUCAAGGAGUCCUCCGCGCGGCGCCGCUCCGGCCGCGUCCGCGCCAUCCACGCGCGCCAGGCUGAGCUCAAGGCGAAGGAGAUAUCCUUCCGAUGCCUCCCCGCGCCUCACGCCGAGGUCACGGUCAAGUCCCUGGGCGCGUGCAAGGAGGACGCCACCGUCGAGAACGGCGGUCGAAGGCCCGACGGCGCCCUCGUCCCGCUCGGCUACCGCGCCGAGGGCCUCCUCUUCAACGAGCCGCUCGAGGUUUGGAUCGACCAAGCCGGCGCGCAUUUCCUCCGGUGGGGAGCCGAGGGCGACGGCCGGCGCCGAGUCGCCACGUCACCCGACGGCGCCGCGAACGCGCGGGACGCGGUGCGAUGCAUCGCGCUCGAGCUCGCGCGACGCGUCGACCACGACGUCGCCCCGGUCCUCCCGCCCCUCCCGCCGCCGGCUGCGCCGACCGCGCCGCCGACGUCCUCGAGGGGCUCCAACUCCAAGAAGGGCGGUCGAGCGUGUUCCAACUGCGGGUGCACCAGCCACGCCACGCCGCUCAUGCGACGCGGGCCCAACGGCGUCCGCUCGCUGUGCAACGCGUGCGGGCUCUGGUUCGCGCGCAGAGGCACGAUGAGGCCCGUCGAGGGCGGACCGAUCGGACCCGCCGUUCCCGUCGACGUCGUCGCCCCGGACACAGCUGUGUCUGUCGCGGACACAGCUGUGACACACACAGCUGUGGACACAGCUGUGGCUGCACCGGACACGGCUGCCGCGCUGGAUUCGCUCGGGGACGACGCCGACGUCGCCGAUAACUCCGUCGUUCCCCCGCCGCUCGCCCCGCCCACCGACGACGUCAAGGCGGAGAUCGCCGAGAUCCUCGGUAAGCGACCGCCGCUGAACUCCAGCGGCGUCGAGGGGAAGGACGGCGCCGCCGACGUCAACGUACCGCGCAAGACGACGUCGGAACGGUCGGGGAACUCCUCCGUCGCCGCGCCCGGGUCGCCGACGAGGGAUUCGGACCUGAACGCGGCGCCCGCGUCGGAAUCGUCCGGCGGCGACGGCGGCGUCGUCGUAACCGUCGUCGUCAAGAACGAGCCGGGCACCCUCAAGGGCGACUCAUCCAGCGCGGGCGCCGCCGAUGACGACAAAUCCGUCGUCGCCGCCGCCGCCGAAAAGUCUCGCGCGAUCGCGUACGCCGCUCAGUGCGUCGCGCACAUGGCGUCCGAUGCAUGCGGCGACGGGGUGUUUGGGUACGCCGAUCCGCCCGUGCAACAGGCGCUCAUCGCGCUCCGCGAGGCGAGGGCGGACGCCGACGACGCCACCAUCGAAGCCGCGGAGCUCGCCAUCGCCGCGGCCAUCGCGGCGGGCGCCGCCGCCGCCGCGAGGUCGGGGCAGGCGCUCGAGGCGCCGGCGGGGGGCGGUCGGGUCGGCGGUCGCGGAGGUCGAAGGGCCAACGGCGGCGCGGGAAAGCCGCUCAACGUCAAGGCGGCCGCCGCCGCCAAGUCUAAGGGUGGCCAACCCGCGAAGCAGCAAGCGGGUAAGCGGGGCGCGGGUAAGCAGGGCGGUCGCGCCGCGAAGCAGCAAAAGGGACAACGCGCGCAGGCGGCUUGGAAAACCGCGGGGCAUGAUGCUUCGAGCUCGUACAGGUCCAACUUCACCCAGCAGCAGGUCGAUAACGCCGGACACACCGGCGGGUACGUCGCCCAGCAGCAGAUGAUGUACCAGAUGAACGGAGCGCAUCAGCUGGGCCCCGCGCAGGGCGUGUACAUGCAGGGUUCGGGCGGCGGGUGGCAGACGCAGGGCAUGUCGCAAGUUCCCGCCGGGGUCAACGGCGUCAUCGUCAACGGCCACUACCAGCAGAUGCCCGCGCACGCGUCGUACCACCACCAGCCGCAGCCGCAGCAGCAGCAGCAGUGGGGCUACCAGCAAGACCUGGCCAACGCGGGCAUGAUGCAGCAGCAGAUGCAUCACGGGCAGAUGCAGCAGCAGCAGAUGUCCAUGGUCCCGUCGAUGGGGGAUUUCGGCGACUUCGGCGGCUUCUCCGCGAACGAGCUCGAGGCGGCUGUCGGUUCCAUCGGUAACAUGGACAACGACCUCGGGAUGGGCCUGCUGAUGGACGAGGGCAUGAUGGGGAUGGAGGGCGGCCUGCUGUGAAAUUUUUGAGGAGUUGGCGAGAGGUGGAGAGAGAGAAGAGGGUGGCUUCGUCUCGGCACGCGUCGAGGCGAUUCUAGCAGAGGGGGUGGCAGAGAGCCGUACAUACCACGUCGAAGGCGGAUCACAUCCCGGCGACACGCAGCAAAACGCAAAGAUGAAAGCAGUAGGACGCGGCAUUAAUUUUUUGGCACAUAAAUAACGAGUUAUUAGUCCUUUAAAA